AUGUGUACCAUGCGCUGGCUACUUCGUGCUCUCGGGACCACAGCCCUCGUCGGCUUUGCCGCUGCGCAAGAGCAACAAUCAACCUAUUGUGAUCGCCUGGGCAGGUGUUUUGCUUCUUUCACCAAUGAAGCAGGUAUCACCUUUGGCAUUGCCAUUCCCGAGGGGGCCUCUUCCGGCGAGUCAUACGAUGCCAUCGUUCAGAUCACUGCUCCCAUUGAGGUGGGAUGGGCCGGUCUAGCCUGGGGCGGUGCCAUGACAUAUAAUCCUCUGACCAUCGUCUGGGUGAACGGGGAAGAUGUCACUGUCUCUUCCCGCAUGGCCUUCGGCUACUUUACACCCCCGCCAUAUGAGGACGCCACCUAUACUGUCCUUCCCGGGACUGUCGUGAACGCAACACACUACUCUGUCACGGCUCUUUGCACAGGCUGCACUUACUUCGCACCGUUUGGCAACGACCCGACUGCUUUGAAUCCCGACGGGGAAAACUACUUGGCGUUCGCCUACUCAGGGGUUCCGGUCGACGACCCGGCAUCCAACGAGACGACCUUCGGAAUCCAUGAGCGCGUAGGACACUGGAAUCACGACUUCGAGCCAGCGCAGUCAUCCAAUUUCGAUGUGUGGGCCAGAGGAGAAAGUGGCGGAAGCGAGCCCCCGGCGAGCACCGCGACCGUGACCACGUUGAUGACAGCCACCUCGACCGCCACGGUGCGUACAACCACCACUCUCCAGACCACAGUCACCCGGACCGGCGUCCCUCCAAGCAGCUCGGUUACGACUGUCUCAGUCCCGAGUUCCACCGCAACGUCGUCCAUCGUGUCCAGGGACCCCGUGCUCCCCGUCCCCAACUCGUGCGCCGGCGUGAGCGCCUUCAGGUUCGGGUACCAGACCGCCACCGGCUGGAGGGCCGUAAAGCUCGCGGGUUCUCUGAGCGGUCCCCGUGGCGUGGCCGUCGACUCCCUGGGGAAUCUCUUGGUGGUGCAGUCUGGCCGGGGCGUGACUGUGCACACCUUCGGGAGCGAUGGUUGCAUCUCGUCGUCCAAGACCCUGAUUAACAACCCAUCCCUCAAUCACGGCAUCGGCUUCACACCCGACGGAAAGACUUUAUAUGUCAGCUCGAUGACCACGGCUUGGUCCUUCGCGUACGAUGCCCAGUCGCAGAGCGUGAGUGGGCAGACGGUCGUCGUGAAGGGCAUGCAACAGGGCGGCCAUCCGACGAGGGCGCUGGUUAUCCCGCCGGCUACGCCGCAUCUGCUUGUCAUUCAACAGGGUUCGUAUAACAACUUUGACUAUGAGUCGCUCAACAAGGGCGUAGGGCGCGCUGUGGUCAAGGUUUUCGAUAUGCGCAGCGUGCCUUCUGGAGGUUGGACUUAUGCCUCUCAGGGAUGGUUCCUUGGCUGGGGUUUGCGCAACGAGGUUGCUCUAUCAGCAGAUGGCAACAACAUGAUUUGGGGCGUUGAGAACAGCGGUGAUGACUUCACCAGAACAGUCAACGGCCGCAGCUAUGAUAUUCACAACGACAACCCCGCCGAAGAGCUCAACUUCCUCGGCGACCCGUCCAAGCCCAACGAGAAUUGGUACGGCUACCCAACCUGCUUCACAGUCUGGGAACCCUCCGUCAUCACGGACAAGUCCUUCGCCGUCGGCCAGCAGUUCGUAGUCGCCCCGAACAGCACGUUCAACGACGACACCUGCGCCCAGCGCUCCGUCUCGCCCCGCUUGUCGCUGCAAGCCCACAGCGCGCCCAUCGCGUCCGUCUUUGACCAGAAUUUCCAGAACCUCUACGUGACGCUUCACGGGUCGUGGAACAGGUCGCCCGCGACGGGCUUCAAGGUCUCGGUCGUGCCGUUCACGAAACUCUCGAACGGCCAAUAUGACCCUGUCGCGGCGCCGACUUCGAAGACGGGAUACAGUGACAUCUUCUGGAGCACGAAUGUGGGAAGCUGUACCGGUGCGACCUGCUUUAGGCCCUCGGGUAUUGCCUGGGACCGCUCGUUUUCGAGGUUGUUUGUCGCCAGUGACAACACUCAGGAGGGAGAGCUUUUCAUGCUUGUCAAGUCGUGA